CACACACACAAACACACACUGACACAAAAGACACUGAACGCUUUGAGAGCCGAAACAAGGCAGGUCUUCUUAUCUUGAGCAGAACUCAAAAGAAAGAGGAGAGCACACACACGAUGAAAUUUAAAUCAUUUGUGCCUGUGUGUUUGCUGCUGCUUUGGACACUGCCAGACACAGCAGCAGUUGACCAUAUUGCAGUUAGUACAACUUUAGAAGGGAUUAAACUGACUUGCAAGGGCGAAAAUGUCUCUUUCGAAAAAACCUAUAACGUAUCUCAGCUUCUGCCCUACCAAGAUGAGCAGACAGGAGAGUACCAUUGCAUCAAAAGGGGAUCGAACGAUUCAGUCGCCAAAAUCUUUGUGAAAUUUCGGACCUGUGACACCUGCAUCGAGCUGGACCCUGUUUCCAUAGCCGGCAUCGCUAUUGGAGAUGCAGUGGCAACAAUCGUGUUAGGAGUGGCUGUCUACCUUGUCGCGUCUCAGGCUGGUCCAGUCAGCUCUAACAAGAAAGCUUCGGAUCGUCAGCCUCCAGCUGAGACGCGCAGCAGCAGAGCCCCAAACGACCCGUACCAGCGUCUGAGAUUCAAAAAUGGUGCUCGGAAGGACGAGUAUGAUGUUAUCGGCAACGCUAGAUAGAGAGAUGGACCCCCCCGUCCACAGUACGCUUUUUAAUGUGUUGCAUGUGAUGUAUUGUCGCUCAACCCUGACCUAAUUUGCUCUUUAUGAUACUCUUUUAAAGAAAAUUGUGUUUAUUUUCACUGUGCUUGUUUGAUGAGCUUGUCGCAUGUCAAGUUCAGUAGCAGCCAUCAUCAUUUUUAUUAUAGCAGUAUUUUGGACCAUGUGUUAUUUUCCUUAAUUGACCAUGUUCUCUCUUCAUAUAUGGGGCUGCUACAACAGCAACAUCACAACAAACCUUAAAAAAUGUACCUGUUUUACUGAAACUUUGCAAUAAAAAAAAGCUUGUCUUGUCCGAUGACGCCUGCA